CCUUUCCCCCCCCACCCUCCCUCCCUGCGAACGCUCAGCCUCGCAGGCGAUGCCAGCGUCUGGCCGGAAGAGGAAGGCCAACUUCUCCAAUGACGAAACUGAGACGUUGGUCUGGAAUGUGGUCCGCCAUUUCAGCGCCCUGUAUGGGUCUGAAGCCCUUCGGGCUCACCCCGUGCGGCGGAAACAGCUCUGGACCCAAAUCCAAAGCCGCGUCAACUUCCUGGGCUACACGGAACGUUCCAUCGACGACCUCAAGCACAAGUGGCGCGACCUCCGGUUGGACGUCAAGAAAAAGAUCACCUCCAAGAAACACCUGCCCAUGAACCGCGCCGGUGGGCCGCUCCACAAGCCGCGGCUCACGCCUCUGGAGAAGAUGGUGGCUUCUACCUUCUUGCAAGCCAGCCACGACUCGGAGCCCGAAAUCAUCUUGGACCCAGAUCUGUUCUUCCCUGGUGCCACCAAGCAGUCCUUCAUGCACCUACAGCCCGGUGUGAGCCACCCCAGCAUCUACAUCGAUACCAACGGGCAACCCUCGUCCUUGCCGGACGUGGAGGGCUCGGCCGUGCCCAGGUUGGCCGUGCAGAGCCCGGACCCAUCCGUCAUCUGCGAGUACAGCCGAGGAGAAGGACAGAGCAGUUCGGCCGAGUCAGGCCCGGAGCUGCGAACUCCAGACAUGUCAGCCAUUUCCCCAUCCCUACGAAACGAGUCCCUCGUCUCCUAUGCCUCCAUGUCGGAAGAGGAGGAACGGGAAGGCCGAGAGGUGGACAGGAACCACGGUGGAACCUCAGCGAUACAACCCGGACCCGAAGCCCCAACAUCUACGGAGGAAGACGUCAAAGUGUCCCGCCAGGCCAUGCUGAUCCGCCGGUGCAGCUCCCAGGGCUCGGUCACCUCCUUGCCCGAGGACUCCCUCAACCCCGCGGACGCUCACUCGGACUGGGGCCACGAGGGAGGCUCCGAUCUGCCACCCGUGGCCCGCGGGCUCGACUCCGCGCAUCCCGAGGAGCCGCCGGCGGGGCCGGAGAUGGGUUCUUUGCCCAGGGUACUGAUGGGGCCAUCUUGGGAGAAGCCAACGGCGGAGGAGGACCCACCAAACCGCUCACCUCUACACGGCGCCCUGACCGAGGAGUCGCUGCCGUCCUCCGCCUCCCCUGCGGGGGACGCUCCCGCGGCUCCCGGUCCACCCCGCGGGCUUGGCUGCUCCCGGCUACGCGAGGAACGCCGCGAGAGCUGGAGGACUAACAUCCAUCACCUUCUGGACCUGGAGGAGCAGUGGGACCAGCUGUACCACCAGGAGUUGGCCAUGUGGCAAGAAGAACGGGCUACCCAACGCGAGGAAAGAGCCCGGGACCGCGAGCUCCAGUUUCGCCUACUGGGCGUCCUCACGGACAUCCGCGACGAGCUCCGUUAUCUGCGCCAGGAGAGAGCCAGCGCCCGGCAGAGCCAGGUGCCGCCCGCCGAAGCCCGGCCGGACCCCAGCCCGCUCCUCGAGCAACCCAAAGCCGAACCCGGCUUUCCCGAGCCUCAAACCGGCACCGCCAACUGGGCAGAGACCGCCGUGCCCAGCCGAAGCCCCUUCGGCAACCGCGGCCGAGGCCGGCGUCGCGGGCGGCCGCGUGGGUCUGCUUCCAGACACAGACGGCUCUUCCUCACCAACAGCUAGGGACGGGCAAGGCCACCGUCCCGCCAAGGACACGGUGUGCCGGCGGCACG